GGUCGUGCUCUGAAUGCCCGGUUGAAGAUGGCGGUGCGGAAGAAAGAUGGAGGCCCAAAUGUGAAAUAUUUCGAGUCUUCGGACACGGUGUCGCAGUUCGACAACGUGCGGCUGUGGCUGGGGAAGAAUUACAAAAAGUACAUCCAAGCAGAGCCACCAACCAACAAGUCUCUCUCGAGUCUGGUUGUUCAGCUGCUGCAGUUCCAGGAAGAGGUGUUUGGGAAACACGUAAGCAAUGCACCUCUUACCAAAUUGCCAAUGAAAUGUUUCCUAGAUUUCAAGGCAGGUGGAGCUUUGUGCCAUAUUCUAGCUGCUGCUUACAAAUUCAAGAGUGACCAAGGAUGGCGACGCUUUGAUUUUCAGAACCCCUCCCGCAUGGACCGCAAUGUUGAAAUGUUUAUGACUAUCGAAAAGACACUGGUUCAGAACCACUGCUUGUCUCGGCCCAACAUUUAUCUAAACUCAGACAUUGAGCCCAAGUUGCUGAGUAAACUGAAAGACAUUAUUAAGAGACACCAGGGUACUGUUACUGAGGACAAGUCAAAUGCGUCACAUGUUGUUUACCCUAUUCCUGGCAGUAUGGAAGAAGAAGAGUGGGUGCGACCAAUAAUGAAGCGGGAGAAGCAGGUCCUACUACACUGGGGAUAUUGUCCUGACAGUUACGAUACAUGGAUUCCAGCCAGUGAAAUUGAGGCACCAGUUGAGGACCCCCCACCUACUGAACGACCCCGGAAGGUCCAUGCUAAGUGGAUAAUGGAUACUGACACCUUUAAUGAAUGGAUGAAUGAGGAAGAUUAUGAGGUGAAUGAUGACCGAGCACCUGUUGUUCGAAGGAAAAGAAUUUCUGCCAAAACAUUAACAGAAGAGGUGCACAGUCCUGACUCAGAUAGAAGAGAUAAAAAGGGAAGCAGUCACAAAAAGAGGAAACGUUCCCCCUCUCCUUCUCCUACACCUGACUCCAAGAAAAAGAACACCAAGAAAGGUCCUGCCACACCAUAUGCCAAGUCAAAGCGAGGACAUCGAGAGGAGGACCAAGAGGAUCUGACCAAGGACAUGGAUGAACCUUCUCCUGUCCCCAACGUAGAAGAGGUCACACUACCGAAAAGUGUGAAUACAAAGAAAGAUUCUGAAUCGGCUCCAGUGAAAGGUGGAACUAUGACUGAUCUAGACGAGCAAGAGGAUGAUAAUCUGGAAACUACAGGCAAGGACGAGGAAGAUGUUUCUGCUGGAAGCAAAGGGGAACAGACAAAAAAUCCCGACCUACAUGAAGACAAUGUUACAGAGCAGACUCACCAUAUCAUCAUACCCAGCUAUGCAGCAUGGUUCGACUACAACAGUGUCCAUGCCAUUGAGCGUCGAGCUCUCCCAGAAUUCUUCAAUGGAAAAAAUAAAUCCAAAACCCCAGAGAUUUACCUUGCCUAUCGUAAUUUCAUGAUUGACACGUACCGUCUGAAUCCACAGGAGUACCUCACGUCAACAGCAUGUCGCCGGAAUCUGGCAGGGGAUGUCUGUGCAAUAAUGAGGGUGCACGCUUUUCUUGAGCAAUGGGGACUUAUUAAUUACCAGGUGGAUGCAGAGAGUCGACCAACACCUAUGGGUCCUCCCCCAACAUCACAUUUCCAUGUGCUUGCAGAUACACCUUCUGGCCUGGUGCCCCUUCAACCUAAAGCUCCACAGACAUCUGCAUCCCAGCAAAUGCUUAAUUUCCCUGAUAAGAACAAAGAGAAGGCUCCUGACAUGCAGAACUUUGGACUACGUACAGAUAUGUAUGCAAAGAAAAAUAUUCCUUCUAAGAGUAAAGCAGCUGCUAGCGCUACCCGAGAGUGGACUGAGCAGGAGACACUUUUACUGCUUGAGGCACUGGAGAUGUACAAGGAUGAUUGGAACAAGGUCUCAGAACACGUAGGCAGUCGCACACAGGAUGAAUGCAUCUUGCAUUUCUUGCGCUUACCCAUAGAAGAUCCCUACCUUGAAGACUCAGAGGCCUCACUAGGUCCAUUGGCUUAUCAGCCAAUUCCAUUCAGCCAGUCUGGUAAUCCUGUCAUGAGCACUGUGGCAUUCCUGGCAUCAGUUGUUGACCCUCGGGUAGCAUCAGCAGCUGCAAAGUCUGCAUUAGAGGAGUUCUCGAAGAUGAAGGAGGAGGUCCCCUCUGCUCUGGUAGAAGCUCAUGUGAAGAAAGUAGAAGACGCUGCUAAAGUUACUGGGAAGGCAGAUCCAACAUACGGUCUGGAGAGCAGCGGAAUUGCAGGAACUACCCCAGAUGAACCAGAGAAGUUGGAGGAAGGCAGUGAUGAAAUUAAGUCAGAUGCCCAAUCAUCAGAAGAUAAAAAAGAAUCGAAGGACAACAAGGAAAUAGCAGGAGAAGAUGAAAAUAAAGAGAAACAGCCUGAUACUUCCAAAAAGGAGGAAGAAAAAGGAAAAGAAUGUGAACCAGAGAAAGAAAAUGAAAAGGCUGAGGUAGAAGUAGCAGACACAGAGAGGGAGAAAGAAAAUAAAGAAUUCCAGGAUGAUGGAGGAAAGAAGGAUGGAGAAUCAGAAACAGAUAAGAAAACUAAACUGGAACGGGAUAUUGGUGAAGGGAACUUGUCAACAGCAGCAGCUGCUGCACUGGCGGCAGCUGCAGUCAAAGCAAAGCACCUUGCUGCAGUAGAGGAGCGGAAAAUCAAAUCACUGGUUGCCCUGCUUGUUGAAACACAGAUGAAGAAACUUGAAAUCAAGCUCCGACAUUUUGAAGAACUCGAGACCAUAAUGGACAGAGAGAGAGAAGCCUUGGAGUACCAGAGACAACAGCUUCUCUCAGAUAGGCAGGCCUUCCACAUGGAGCAGCUGAAGUAUGCUGAGAUGAGGGCUCGGCAGCAGCACUUUCAACAAAUGCACCAACAGCAGCAACAGCAACAUCAACUCCCGUCUGGCCCUCAGGCCAGCCAGCAGCCAGCUGUCAUUCCUGCAUCUGUGCAGCCAGUGCCACCUGCUGUGGUUCAGCAGGGAGCUCUGAGCCAGGCUUCGGGAGAUUCCAUAGCACAAUCCAUUCCACAACAGCAGCAGACGCCACCAACGCAGCAGCCACAACAGCAGCAACAGCAAGCUCAACCUCCAGUUCUUGCCCAUGGUCAGCCACCAUUUCCAGGUCAACAAACUCCAAACCAACUGAUGGCCAGUAACAUGCCUGUUGGCAUGCCUACGAACAUGUCUGGUAAUAUGGCUGCUGGUAUACCUUGUGUGGUGCCAGCCAAUAUUGCAUGUAGCAUGGGUAGUACCAUCACAGAAAACAUCCCAGUUAACCUUCCUGCUCGCAUGUCAAACCCAGUGCAUGGUAAUAUGUCCAGUAGCAUGUCUGGGGUUGUUCCUGGCAAUAUCUGUACAGGGUUGCCAGGAAAUUUGCCUGUAGAUCUGCCUAGUUCUUUACAUCCUAACAUACCAGGAAACAUCAACACAGGCUCCAUCUCUCUUACAUCCACACCAGGGUCAGCAGCUGCUCAAAGCCCUGCUAUUGUAGCUGCCAUGCAGGGAAACACAAGUCCAUUGCCAGAGCAAGGAGGUUCAAUGCCGACGGAGGUGAUGGCAACCCCAGCAGCAUCAGUCCCUCCAUCACAGUGAUGUGAAACAUUUGAGCAGGACAAAGCAUUCUACCUGUAAUGAAUAAAAUUUUCUCAAGUGUACCAGUGUGAGGAGCAGUUUGAGUGGCUGUGCCGAGAUAUUCUCUUUAAUUUGGUUAAAAAUAACAAUUCUGAUCAUGGAGGUGCUUCUGAUGUCAGUAUUGUUAGAGGUAAUGUGUACACUGGAAAGUGACCAUGUUACAUAGACCAAUGUAAAACUCAUUGUAUAAUCUGCUAUAUUGCUGAUGCAUAUACACCAUCUAUACUGUCACUUUGAACAGCAUCUGAUAACUUUUGAAAGUAACUAGUUUUUAUUGCCAAUAUACCAAACUGUCAUCAGAAUUGGGUGAGCGUGCCCAUAUUCCUUGUUCAAUGCAUAGUUGACUGUUGCUAUUUUCCUUGUUUUGUCGUUUGUGAAAAUAUCUUUUUGUGCCAAUUUUGGGGGGGGGGGGGGGGGGGUGGGUUGGGGAGGGGGGUGGGAACUUGACUUUGAGAAUAUAAUAGCCAGCUGUGGAAUUUUUUUUUUACUUAGUUCUUGCUUUGCAAUCAACAGCUUACAUGUUAGGUCAUUUCUGUCUUUGGUCCUUAUCCAUUUUAUGUGUGCUAAUAUUGUCAGGCUGGGCUAAGCCACAGGUUUGAAACAAGUUUUGUCCAUGUGGAAUACCAUAUUCCAGUGCUUUAUCUUCCAUUUUGAUUCAAAAUAGCAGUCAGCAAGUUUUGAAAUCAUUGUAGUAGAGUUUGCGAUUAGGAAUGAGUUUUUUUGGCUUUAAGCACCUCAUUCCAGUCCUGUUUCCAUGCCUUAUAUGACUUAAAAAGGAUAGUUUAGCUUCCUUUGAUAUUGAUUGACUGAACAUAUCAGUGUUUAUAAUUUUCAAUAAAAAUUAUUCCAGUAGUAAAAAGUUCUGGAUUGUUAUGAGUGCCAAUGGGAUCCUCUGGCAGACAACAGCACUAAUUCCUCGUUCCUCAUGAGGAUAAGUAGAACCCCAAUAUUGGAACUUUAUUGUUAGGAGAUCACCCAUAAAGAUCUUCUUAGGCCUUUAUUUAGUCACUCCAUCACUGAGUGCUCUGAACACUGGACAUUAAGUGGUCAGAGCACAGACCAAGGAGAACCUUCGCCCCCUGUCAGGUUUUUGAACGUUUUUCUACUUGAGCAGCUUUUGUAGCUUCUUGAAAGCUGUGUGAUUUAAAGCAGCAAAGGAUGCAAACAGCCUCCUGAUGUCUCAGUGUUUAUUUUGUGUCUUGAGUAAUGGUUGGGGUUGGUUAAGUUAGUGUUCGUAAACGUGAAAGAACUUGCUAUUUCCCACAGAAAGAACAAGCCCAUUUCUGCUUUAUGAGCCCUUCUGUUCUAGCUACUGUUUCAUCAAUUGUUAUGUGUAGAGGGGAUCCUGAGUCAUGAAUAAAACAUCAGUCACAAUUCAAAUCUAGCUUUUAUAUUGUAAGUAAUAUUUGAUGAUUUACGCUAAUCCUAUAAAAAGUGGCAUAAAGCACCAUUCCAUUAGUAUUUGGGUCCUUUUUUUUGCAGUAUUGUUUUCUCAAAAUGCAGGUAGUUUAGGCACCAAGAAGCAAUCAGUCACAUGACCCUGCCUACCCCACUGCCCAUAUUGGGCAGACUAACGCGAUUUGAUCUCCUACGGUCCUUGUCAUUUUAUAUGGAAUUUUUUUUUUGCCCAGAAAAAAUUGUUUAAAAUGGUUUUCUCCUGGUUUUGUUUUUAAAACAAAAUUUUACCUCAUGGGCUUGUUUGUACACUCCUCUGACAUGACAUGAUUGUUAGUGGUUUUAACUUGUACAGAUGCAUCCGGUAACUUUCUCCAUAUAUAAAAAUUAAGGAGAAUAUGCACACAAAGAAAGGAAUGCAAAGUGCACAUGAUGACACACAUGUGGCAAACACAGGUAUGCACAAAUGUGAAGAAAUGUAGAUGCAUAUGUGCGCACACAGUGCACAGGAAGACAUGCAAAUGCACAGUUUUAAAAGUUUAUAUUUUUAUAGAUUAGAACAUUGUUUGCUAUUCUAUAGAUGCAGCUUUCCAUUUCUGUUUUCUGGAAUAGGCAGUUACUUGAUAAUUUCCCUGUUGAAUGAAGUUACUGAACCAUAUCAAUGAUACUGCCUAGUCUCUCCAGAUGUUAUUGCCUUUGCUAUGGUAGAACUGUUAGCAUUGCGGUGAAUGUACAAGAACGAGAAGCCCUUGGCAUACCAUGCUCAAUAGUCACUCAGUUAUUGGAUGUUCUACUAGUACAAGUAAAGAACCUUAACCUGAAGAGUAAGCUGCUUGCUGCACUACAGAAAUGAGUAAGUAUAUCAGACCUUAUGACAGAUUUCAUCCCCCUCCCAUCCCUAUGGUUUUUCAUUGGGUAGGUUUUAGUUGUCCUACUGGAUAAUCACAGUAAUACUAAUGCAGUCAUUUCCAUAAGUGAAAGCCCUCAAUUACCCUGUGCUUCUGGUCUUUUUAAUUCUUAAAAGUUAUAUUUGUAGAAAAGAAGAAUGUAUUCUAAGAGUUGAGAAGAUAGCACAAUCUUUGUUAUCCAUUUAAAUAUGGGCACAGAAUGCUGGGAGUAUGAGUGGGUUUACAUAUAAGAAGAUGCAUUUUUAGGAAUCAACUAGACUUGUCAUUGGUGAUCUCACCAUGCUGAAGAAGUCAUGAUUUUUGGCCAGUUAGAAGCGAAUGUGAAUUGUUGCUCUGCACUCCCAGACCACUGAAACCCAGCUCAUCUGCUUCUUUUCAAAUACUGAAAAAUAUUUCGCAAAGCAAAAAAUGCAGGAAUUUCAAAACUGAAUAAAUAUGGACAAAACUGCCAAAGAUGAGUGCUUUUCCCUGCAGCUGAUGGGGGUGGAAAUCUGUCAUAUUCAUCAUCCAGGUUCAGAUUAAUCAACAGAUAACAGAAUACAUUUCAAACAAUCUCGUCUCUCUCCCAUCAGGGUAGUUGUUAUCCUUUUGCACUUCUAGCUUAACAACCUUAGUUACAAUCUUAAUGUGACUACUGCUGGACAGUAAGCGAUGUCCUAGAUGCCAAGUGUGGAGCCGUUUCCACAGUAACAUCUCCUGAUGAUAAUUUGUCUUUCACCAUCAAAUUUCAGAAAUAAUCCAGUGUUUCUUAUUAACCUGUUCGUCCCACCAUUUCAAUAAUCAAUGUUCCAGUUGGCUGAACUAUGUAGGUAGGUCCUCAAGCAUCACGACUGCCAGUUGUUUAUGGGAAGAUAGCCUAUUCUCAUUCAGAAGGUCCACCACUGUGCACUCUGAUAAUUGUGGUUGUGUGUGCUGUAGACCAGUUCAUCCUGCCCCCGUAAAAGAGCAAAGUAGUGGAAGCGUAGUACGUUACCUUGUGAUAAUAUUAGCUUUUAUCACCAUGCAACAAACAGUUGAUAGCCUUUUCUACGUGAGCCUAAUUUUACAAUGUCGCCUCAGGCUCACUUAGUAGAACAAAAGCAAACUUAAUGAAUGUUGGAAAUUUAAAUUAAAAGCAAAAACUGCUGGCAAAACUCAGCAGGUCAAACAGCAUCAGUGUUACCAUCUCAGGAUCAGAAUGGUUUGACCUGAAUCAUUAACUAUUUCUUUCUCCACAGAUACUGCCUUAACUGCUGAGUAUUUCCAGCAAGUGGGGGCACUCUCUCAGCUUUGAGUUAGGUGGUUGUGAAUGGAAGUCUCAGUCGAGGCUUGAGCACAAAAAUCUUGGCUGAUAUUCUAUUGGAGUACUGAAGGAAUGGUGCAUGGUCAGUCUUUGGGAUGAAAUGUUAAACCAAGACUCAGUUUGCUCUUUCAGGUGGACAUUAGAGAAUCUUGGCACUAUCUUUAAGAAGAGCAGGAGAGUUAUGCCUACUGGCCUGGGCAAUAUUAUUUAUUCUAGUGACUUUCCCAGUAACAUCACUAGAAUAAAUUGUCUGGCCAUUGUCACAUUGCUGUUAGCGGGAACUUGUGCAUUGGAGUAACUGCUCUGUUUCCUAUAUUACAAUGACUAAUCUUCAUCAAGUGAAAAGUAAAGUGUUUUGGAAUGCACAUAGAUAGGAAAGGAAAGUAAUUACAUCUUAUACUUUCUGUCAGUGGAAAUGGAGUGAGGGUAAAGGUGUUACUAUCACCAGUGAUCAAAAUUGCUUGCACCACUCUUACCCUCCCCACUUCAACAGAAUAAAAGCCGUUGUUUCUAAAUUGAAAGGCCUCUCUGCUUACUAAAUGUGUGUAUAGGUGAUGUAUUCAUUGGCUCCGUUCUGCCAAUUUUAGCUUUGGCAGGAAACCUAUUCUUGCUGGCUUGAGGGCAUAGUCUUGUUUCCAUGUUACUAGCAAGCUUCAGAUUUCAAGCACAAGAACUCCUGGCUCAAAAUUCUGCCGUGAAAAUGUAUGGUUCUUGAGCUUAAAUGGUGAGAGUCUGUGCAGGGCUGCCUGCUUGUAAUCAAGUACAGUCCCAGAUUUUUUUUCCAUCGUGGGGCAGCAGUUGGGCAUUUGUACCCGGAAACUGCAAUUAGUGUCCAGCAGCUGGUGUAGAAACUUAGCAGUGCCGUUGAAAAAAGACUGCUGACUGAUUCAGCUAAGCACCUGGGCUUGUGACAGACCUGGACAAAAUGACAAUGGGUGAGAUUGGAACAGGGAUGGGACACUAAGUGUAACACCCUGAUUUCAGAGGCCAGCUACCCCAUCUUGUCGAGCAAGCCGAUUUGAGAUAGACUCCAAAACAUCCAAAUACCACAGAUGUUACUGACAGUGAUUUUAUGUUGGAAUUGCUUGACUUGGGAGUCUGACUUUUUGUUUUUAUUGUAUUGUUUUUUUAAAUUGUAUAUUUGCUCAUUUCUAUAUUAAUUUUACUUUUCAUGUUGGAAUUGCCCAUUUUUUUCUGUAUGUUGUCUACAUCCACUGUGCUGUAUAUUCUCUGUUCCAACACACUAAAAAAAAAAUUAGGAAUACGUGUUUAAUAUUGAAACAAAUUAUUUGUGGUCAAUUAGACAGAUGAAACUGCCACUGGAGCCACAUGGGCUGGCUUCCAUUUGUUUAUCUCCCUAUUAGAAGUUCCCUCUACAUUCAAAUCAUUCGUUAGACAUUCUGAAAGUUGCAGUAUUACCUGAAAAUUGUCAAAACUUUCCAGGAAUGUGUAUCAAUGAAGCAUGAAGGAAUCCAUUUUUUUUAAAACUAUGAAGGCAUAUGAACAUGUCAACAGGUUUAUUUGUUACAAUAAUUUGAAGUGUUCCUUUCACUGAUGUAAUACAUAGUGAGGUAUCGCCCUUGAGAAUUCCAGCUCAAAUUGCCCAAGAAAGUUGCUUCAUAUUUGUGUGUUACUACAGUCAGAUGCUAACACAAAUAAAAGACAAAAUGUUGUCAAGCCCUUUAAAAGUAAGUUGUUCUUUUUACAAGUUGACAAAUUUCAAUUGUAGUGUUUUGUCAAAAUGUAGUCUGUAACUCUGUAGUCUGUAUAGCUUUCGCUAUCAUGAGAAUCUGCUAAAGAAUAAACUUAUUAAAUAUCA